AUGGCGCGCGGGCCAAAGAAGCAUCUGAAGCGAUUAAACGCUCCAAAAGCAUGGAUGUUGGACAAGCUCGGCGGUGUGUACGCACCGCGGCCUUCCACCGGUCCACACAAGCUCCGAGAAUGUUUACCCCUGGUGAUUUUCCUGCGGAACAGACUUAAGUAUGCUCUCACAGGCAAUGAGGUACUCAAGAUUGUCAAGCAGCGCCUUAUCAAAGUCGAUGGCAAAGUGAGGACUGACCCCACGUACCCUGCUGGGUUUAUGGAUGUUGUGUCCAUUGAGAAGACAAAUGAACUGUUCCGUCUCAUCUAUGACGUAAAGGGACGUUUCACUGUUCACCGCAUCACCCCUGAGGAAGCUAAGUACAAGCUUUGCAAAGUGAAGCGGGUAGCAACUGGCCCCAAGAACGUGCCCUUCUUGGUGACACAUGACGGCCGCACCAUCCGUUACCCCGACCCGCUCAUCAAGGUCAAUGACUCCGUUCAACUGGAUAUUGCCACAUCUAAGAUCAUGGACUUUAUCAAGUUUGAAUCAGGAAACCUGUGCAUGAUCACUGGAGGUAGAAAUUUGGGACGUGUGGGCACCAUCGUGUCCCGCGAGAGGCAUCCCGGCUCCUUCGACAUCGUUCACAUCAAGGACUCCACGGGACAUACAUUCGCCACUAGGUUAAACAACGUGUUCAUCAUCGGCAAGGGCACCAAGGCGUACAUCUCUCUGCCGCGCGGCAAGGGCGUGCGCCUCACCAUCGCCGAGGAGCGCGACAAGAGGAUCGCCGCCAAGGUCGCCGGCCAGUAG